UCAUCCAUUCGUCUGCUACUACCAGUUGGCUGCCGCGUGCCGGGAAGAGACUGAAAAAAAGAAAAGAAAAAAGGCAAACCCAAAAACGACACCAAGAAAAGGAACAAAACGACGGCGAAUAAAUAAAGAAUGUACUAUCAGAUCAGAGCUUCGGCUUGGUCUCUGAUCAGACGGGUGAAGCAGAGGAGGGUGAGUAGUAAUCCAGUGGUAUGGCAGUCAACGGGAGUGGGAGUGAGAAGAUCCUUCACCACCACGGAAGGUCACCGACCUACCAUCGUCCACAAACGCAGCCUCGACAUCCUCCAUGAUCCUUGGUUCAAUAAAGGAACGGCUUUCUCGAUGACUGAAAGAGAUCGUCUUGAUCUCAGGGGACUUCUGCCUCCAAAUGUUAUGUCUUCCGAGCAGCAAAUUGAACGUUUCAUGGCUGAUCUGAAGAGGCUUGAAGUUCAUGCUAGAGAUGGACCAUCUGAUACAAAUGCACUGGCAAAAUGGCGGAUACUUAACCGGCUGCAUGACAGAAAUGAGACCAUGUACUAUAAAGUUUUGAUCGCCAACAUCGAGGAAUAUGCACCUAUAGUGUACACUCCAACUGUAGGUCUUGUUUGCCAAAAUUAUAGUGGUUUAUUUAGAAGGCCAAGAGGAAUGUACUUCAGUGCAGAAGAUCGUGGAGAAAUGAUGUCUAUGGUUUAUAAUUGGCCAGCUGACCAGGUUGAUAUGAUUGUUGUUACUGAUGGAAGCAGAAUAUUGGGUCUUGGAGACCUUGGAGUUCAUGGAAUUGGAAUUGCAAUUGGGAAGCUUGAUUUGUAUGUUGCUGCUGCAGGGAUAAAUCCUCAAAGGGUACUUCCUGUUAUGAUUGAUGUUGGAACCAACAAUGAGAAGCUGCUCAAAGAUCCCUUAUACUUGGGAUUGCAAGAACACCGUCUUGAUGGUGAUGAGUAUCUGGCUGUCAUCGACGAAUUCAUGGAGGCAGUUUUUACUCGUUGGCCCCAUGUGAUUGUGCAGUUUGAAGAUUUUCAAAGCAAAUGGGCAUUUAAGUUGUUACAACGAUACAGAAAUACCUACAGAAUGUUUAAUGAUGAUGUUCAGGGAACAGCAGGAGUAGCUAUUGCUGGACUUUUAGGAGCUGUGAGGGCACAAGGAAGGCCAAUGAUUGACUUUCCGAAACAAAAGAUUGUUGUUGCUGGUGCUGGAAGUGCAGGAAUUGGAGUCCUUAACACUGCAAGAAAAACAAUGGCAAGAAUGUUAGGAAAUAAUGAAACUGCUUUUAAGAGUGCAGGGAGUCAAUUCUGGGUAGUUGAUGCCAAUGGUCUGAUCACAGAUGAACGUCAAAAUAUUGAUCCAGAUGCCCUUCCAUUCGCUAGGAAGAUCAAAGAAAUUCAUCGGCAAGGGUUAAGGGAAGGUGCAAGUCUUGUGGAAGUGGUGCAGCAAGUGAAGCCUGAUGUGCUUCUUGGAUUAUCUGCAGUUGGGGGAUUGUUCUCUAAAGAGGUAUUAGAGGCUCUUAAAGGUUCAACUUCGACUAGACCUGCCAUCUUUGCAAUGUCAAAUCCUACGAAAAAUGCUGAAUGUACCCCUGAAGAAGCAUUCUCCAUUGUGGGUGACAAUAUUAUAUUUGCAAGUGGAAGUCCAUUCAAGGAUGUAAAUCUUGGUAAUGGUCAUAUUGGCCACUGCAACCAGGGAAACAACAUGUACCUUUUUCCAGGAAUUGGGCUUGGUACCCUUCUGUCUGGCUCUAGGAUCAUUUCUGAUGAUAUGCUACAGGCUGCAGCAGAGUGCCUAGCUGCAUAUAUGACAGAAGAGGAGGUUCUCAAGGGGAUUAUAUACCCUUCUAUAUCAAGUAUACGAGAUAUAACAAAGGAAGUGGCUGCAGCUGUGAUAAAGGAAGCUAUAGAAGAGGGUCUAGCCGAAGGUUACCGUGGAAUGGAUGCUCGAGAACUCCAGAAACUUAGUCAGGAAGAAAUUAGAGAGUAUGUGAAGAACAAUAUGUGGAGUCCCGAUUACCCCACAGUGGUUUAUAAGAAGGAUUGAUUCCCCAUACCUGUAAACAAAUCAUUGUUGUACGUAUCAGUUCGUUUGGUUAACUAAUUUGUUUUGGCAUGUUACUCAUAAUCAUGCAUAUUAUAUUCAACAAUAUGUGAGCUAGAUUUAAAAAUUCUAUCCUAGAAAGUAAAACAAUCACUCUAUUAGUGGUUAAUCAUCAAAUUCUACACAAUUUAUCGUGGAA